GUUGAUGUGACUCGGUAUUCAUGGUUUUCCAGGACCAGGGUGAGAAGAAGGAGAACCCCAUGCGAGAGCUCCGCAUCCGCAAGCUCUGUCUCAACAUCUGCGUCGGUGAGAGCGGAGACAGACUGACCCGAGCUGCCAAAGUGCUGGAGCAGCUGACAGGGCAGACUCCUGUCUUCUCCAAGGCCCGCUACACAGUGCGAUCCUUCGGUAUCCGCAGAAAUGAAAAGAUUGCUGUCCACUGCACCGUCCGUGGAGCCAAGGCAGAGGAGAUCCUGGAGAAGGGACUCAAGGUGCGUGAGUAUGAAUUGAGAAAGAACAACUUCUCCGACACCGGAAACUUUGGCUUCGGCAUUCAGGAGCACAUCGAUCUGGGCAUCAAGUACGACCCCAGCAUUGGUAUCUACGGACUGGACUUCUACGUGGUUCUGGGCCGACCCGGCUUCAGCAUCGCAGACAAGAAGCGGAAAAGAGGCCGCAUCGGCUUCAAGCACCGCAUCCGCAAAGAGGAGGCCAUGCGCUGGUUCCAGCAGAAAUACGAUGGCAUCAUCCUCCCCGGGAAGUAAAGGACCACCUUUUGUUCUUGUUUAAUAAAAAAUAUUAAGUGGAACAUGA